AUGAUGUUGCUCAACUACCAUGACCUUCUGGUGGCCGCAAUUGUCGGCUCUGGCCUUGCAGUCUACAUUCUCUUCAUGAUCGGCUGGUGUGUUUACCAGCAGCUAUCUCAUCAGGAGAUAUCUCAACAGCGGUUAAACACUUCUCUUGGGGAGAAGAGCUUUGCUUCCAGAAGCCUAAACCGGUACCUGGUUUCCUCAUUUAAGUACAAGAAAGGGAUCAACACCCCCGAAGAUGAAGCUUCUGAUGCAGACUGUGUAAUAUGCUUGUUAGGGUUUGAAGAUGGUGAAGAUCUGCAGCAACUCCCACGUUGUAACCAUUCCUUCCAUGCACCGUGUAUUAAUAUGUGGCUUUAUUCUCAUUCUGACUGUCCACUUUGCCGUGAAUCUCUAGAAGAAGUGGCUUCAGAAGGGAAUUACCCAUAA